CAGGCCCAGGCUAGCUGACAUGCUAAAACAAUGUGUCCAGCUGGCUACAGUAAUUAACAGGCCCAGGCUAGCUGACACAUGCUAAAACAAUGUGUCCAGAUGGCUAUUAAACCAAUGACAAAAAUCACUGUAGUCUUUACUGUCAACUAGACUACUAAUCAAUAUUGUACCAUGAAAUGCAUUGCACAGUAUUGUACUCACCACCCACUGCAUAAUGUAUAACUCUUGGUUUUUAAAUCAUUAAUGCAUUUAUGAAUAUUUAGGACCAAGUAAAAUCCCAAAGUGACAAGAAGAGAUUGAAUGAAAACCUAUUAAUAUUUCGGAAGGCAUUUCACAGUAUGCAAACGGUUAAUGCCAAGAAUCCAAAAAAGCUCUUCUCUGUCGGCCAGGGCUCUUCAACCCUGUUCCUGGAGAGCUACCCUCCUGUAGGUUUACACCAGGGCUCUUCAACCCUGUACCUGGAGAGCUACCCUCCUGUAGGUUUACACCAGGGCUCUUCAACCCUGUCCCUGGAGAGCUACCCUCCUGUAGGUUUACACCAGGGCUCUUCAACCCUGUUCCUGGAGAGCUACCCUCCUGUAGGUUUACACCAGGGCUCUUCAACCCUGUUCCUGGAGAGCUACCCUCCUGUAGGUUCACACCAGGGCUCUUCAACCCUGUUCCUGGAGAGCUACCCUCCUGUAGGUUUACACCAGGGCUCUUCAACCCUGUUCCUGGAGAGCUACCCUCCUGUAGGUUUACACCAGGGCUCUUCAACCCUGUUCCUGGAGAGCUACCCUCCUGUAGGUUCACACCAGGGCUCUUCAACCCUGUUCCUGGAGAGCUACCCUCCUGUAGGUUCACACCAGGGCUCUUCAACCCUGUUCCUGGAGAGCUACCCUCCUGUAGGUUCACACCAGGGCUCUUCAACCCUGUCCCUGGAGAGCCACCCUCCUGUAGGUUUACACCAGGGCUCUCCAACCCUGUCCCUGGAGAGCCACCCUCCUGUAGGUUCACACCAGGGCUCUUCAACCCUGUUCCUGGAGAGCUACCCUCCUGUAGGUUUACACCAGGGCUCUUCAACCCUGUUCCUGGAGAGCUACCCUCCUGUAGGUUCACACCAGGGCUCUUCAACCCUGUUCCUGGAGAGCUACCCUCCUGUAGGUUUACACCAGGGCUCUUCAACCCUGUUCCUGGAGAGCUACCCUCCUGUAGGUUCACACCAGGGCUCUUCAACCCUGUUCCUGGAGAGCUACCCUCCUGUAGGUUUACACCAGGGCUCUUCAACCCUGUUCCUGGAGAGCUACCCUCCUGUAGGUUCACACCAGGGCUCUUCAACCCUGUUCCUGGAGAGCUACCCUCCUGUAGGUUUACACCAGGGCUCUUCAACCCUGUUCCUGGAGAGCUACCCUCCUGUAGGUUUACACCAGGGCUCUUCAACCCUGUUCCUGGAGAGCUACCCUCCUGUAGGUUCACACCAGGGCUCUUCAACCCUGUUCCUGGAGAGAUACCCUCCUGUAGGUUUACACUCCAACCCCAGUUGUAAAUAACCAGAUUCAGCUGAUAAGCCAGCUAAUUAUUAGAAUCGGGUAUGUAAGAUUAGCACAGAGGCAACCUUCUAAAAUUAGACUACUAAACAUCUAUUCAAAUCAAGCAGAUUAAUAUUCGGCUGC